AUGGCCUCGCAAGUGCAAGUGUUCUCCCCUCACACUCUUCAGUCAAGUGCCUUCUUUAGCGUAAAGAAACUGAAGGUGGAGCAGAGUUGCAACUGGGAUAUGACAGGGUACGGCACACACAGCAAAGUCUACAGCCACAACAGCAGCAAGAACGUGUCGGCCGGCGCCGGCGCCCUAGGCAUCACCAGCUCCCUGCAGGUCGCCAGCUCCACCCUGCCCUACGAGCAGGCUCUCAUCUUCCCAGCCAGCGCGGGCCACAUCGUGGUCGCCUCGGCCAGCAGCACCUCGGGGGCCGUCGGGUCUCUGCUGGGCAGCGGUGGUGGAGGCAACAGCAGCAGCAGCAGCAGCAGUGGUGGUGGAGGUGGCGUGGGCAGCGGGCUGGGCGUUCACAACCUGACCCGCCGUAGCACAGUGAGCCUCCUGGACACCUACCAGCGAUGCGGGCUUAAGCGCAAGAGCGAAGAGCUUGACAACAACAGCAGCGUGCAGAUCAUCGAGGAGCACGGCCCGCCGAUGAUCCAAACCGGAGGAGCCAGCGGAGCCACGGUGGCUACCGUCGCCACCGCCACCUCCACCGCAACGUCCAAAAACAGUGGUUCCAACAACGAGGGCGACUACCAGCUGGUGCAGCACGAGGUGCUCUGCUCCAUGACCAAUACCUAUGAAGUCUUAGAGUUCUUGGGACGAGGGACCUUCGGGCAGGUGGUUAAGUGCUGGAAGAGGGGCACCAAUGAGAUCGUGGCCAUCAAGAUCUUAAAGAACCACCCUUCGUAUGCACGGCAGGGCCAAAUCGAGGUCAGCAUCCUGGCACGACUCAGCACGGAGAGCGCAGACGAUUACAAUUUUGUGAGGGCCUACGAGUGCUUCCAGCACAAGAACCAUACGUGCCUGGUGUUUGAAAUGUUGGAACAGAACCUGUAUGACUUCCUCAAGCAGAACAAGUUCAGCCCCCUGCCACUCAAGUACAUCAGACCUGUGCUUCAACAGGUGGCCACGGCGCUCAUGAAACUGAAGAGCCUGGGGCUGAUCCACGCCGACCUCAAGCCAGAAAACAUCAUGCUUGUGGAUCCAUCUCGACAGCCCUACAGGGUCAAAGUCAUUGACUUUGGUUCAGCCAGCCAUGUGUCGAAAGCAGUCUGCUCCACUUACCUACAGUCCAGAUACUACAGGGCUCCAGAGAUCAUCCUUGGCCUGCCGUUCUGCGAGGCCAUAGACAUGUGGUCGCUUGGUUGUGUGAUAGCUGAGCUCUUUUUGGGAUGGCCCCUCUACCCUGGAGCCUCAGAGUACGAUCAGAUCCGGUACAUCUCACAGACGCAGGGUCUGCCUGCAGAAUAUCUCCUGAGUGCAGGGACGAAGACCACCAGGUUCUUCAACAGAGAUCCAGACUCGACCUACCCACUCUGGAGACUUAAGACUCCAGAUGACCACGAGGGUGAAACAGGGAUCAAGUCCAAGGAGGCCCGCAAGUACAUCUUUAACUGCCUGGAUGAUAUGGCACAGGUGAACAUGGCGUCAGACCUGGAGGGCAGUGACAUGCUGGCAGAGAAGGCCGACAGGAGGGAAUUCAUCGAUUUGUUAACCAAGAUGCUAACCAUUGACGCAGACAAGAGGAUCACCCCUAUUGAAACGCUUAAUCACCCCUUUGUUACCAUGUCACAUCUCCUCGAUUUCCCACAUAGCACACAUGUGAAGUCAUGCUUCCAAAACAUGGAGAUCUGCAAGCGUCGCGUCAACAUGUAUGACACGGUCAACCAGAGCAAGACACCCUUUAUCACCCACGUGGCCCCGAGCACCUCCACCAACCUCACCAUGACCUUCAACAACCAGCUGAACACUGUGCACAGCCAGGCCACCAACCUGGCUCCCUCCUCCACCAACAAUGCCACCCUUUCCUUUGCAAGUCCUGAUGUCUCCAUACUUAACUACCAAUCUGCACUCUACCAGCCCUCCGCUGCCUCCAUGGCAGCUGUGGCCCAGAGGAGCAUGCCCCUGCAGCCGGGGGCUCCUCAGCUCUGCGCCGCCCGGCCUGACCCCUUCCAGCAGGCACUCAUAGUCUGCCCACCAGGUUUCCAAGGGCUGCAGGCAUCACCUUCCAAGCACACCAGUUACUCUGUGCGGAUGGAGAACGCUGUUCCCAUAGUGACACAGGCCCCUGGUGCCCAGCCUCUGCAGAUUCAACCCGGCCUCCUUACACAGCAGGCCUGGCCCAGCGGCACCCAGCAGAUCCUGCUACCUCCAGCAUGGCAGCAGCUCACCCACACCUCAGUCCAGCAUGCCGCGGUCAUCCCCGACUCCAUGGGCAGCACACAGACUCUCGCCAACUGGAGGAAUUCCCACACGCAUGGCAGCCAUUAUAAUCCCAUCAUGCAGCAGCCGGCCUUGUUGGCUGGCCACGUCACGCUCCCAUCCAACCAGACGCUCAAUGUGGGAGUGGCACAUGUUAUGAGGCAGCCCACAUCCAAUAACAACUCCUCUUCCAAAAAGAACAAACAGCAUCAGAUGUCUGCCAGGAACGCGUCAGCCUACGAGGUGUCAUCGUCUCAAGUGGUGCUGUCCCCGCAGCGCUCCAAGCGGGUGAAGGAGAACACGCCCCCGCGCUGCGCCGUGCUACAGAAUGGCUCGGCAUCCAACUGCCCACCCGCUCAGGGAUGUGGGGGCAUAGGGUGGGGGGCUAAUGAGGCAGAGCAAGCCUCCAGCACCACGCGCGACCAUCAGCACCAGCACCAUGUCCCCAGGCAGACCAUCAUUAUCCCCGACACGCCCAGCCCCGCGGUCAGCAUCAUCACAAUCAGCAGUGACACAGACGAGGAAGAUGACCAGAAGCAAAACAAUGGUUCGUCUUCUAAGCAGAGGAAGAAUGUUAUCAGUUGUGUGACAGUCCAUGAUUCACCAGAGUCAGACUGUUCAAGCAACAACAGCCCCUACACUCUGGAAUCAAGACCCCCCAACAACAACAGCUACGAUACAAAGACCACCAUCCUGGACAAUUACAAUAACGGCAACCCCCGCACCAUCAUCAUCCCCCCUCUGAAAACACAGAACAAUGAGGUCCCAAAUGAAUGUGAGCGCCUGAUGCCAGAUGGAGUAAAUCAUCAGAACUCUUCUUAUAAGUUUAAAUCCUCCAAUGGAGUGGUAUCUGGCAAUGGUCACAUACCAGGGGGGGUGACUGGAGGCGGGUCCUACCGACAGCAGCGCUCAGGGCCACACCCACUUCAGCAGCAACCUCUCAAUCUCAGCCAGGCUCAGCAGCACAUGGUAGCUGAGCGUAAUGGCGCGCACCGGCGCCAGCAGGCCUACAUCACCCCCAACAUCGCUCCCCAGGCCCCGUACUCCUUCCAUCACAACAGCCCCUCUCACACCGGGAACGUUCACCCGCACCUGGCGGCCACUCACCUGCCCAGCCAGCCCCACCUCUACACCUACGCCACCCCGGCCGCCCUGGGCUCCACCAGCACCGUGGCCCACCUGGUGGCGUCGCAGGGCUCGGCGCGCCACGCGGUCCAGCACGGGAGCUACCCCCCGAGCAUCGUCCACCAGGUCCCGGUCAGCAUGGGCCACCGCGUGCUGCCCUCGCCCACCCUGCACCACAGCCAGUAUCCGGCCCAGUUCGCCCACCAGGCCUACAUCAGCGCCUCGCCCGCCUCCACCGUCUACACUGGAUACCCGCUGAGCCCCACCAAGGUGAACCAGUAUCCUUACCUCUAGACUGACCGACACUGGAGAGCCCGACCCGGCGCUGCUGCUUCCCUCACGUCCUCCCCCCGUCCCGAGCCCCCAUCCACAUCCUGAACAUCCUCUCCUCGACCUCAGACAUAAACAGAGACAGAGGAACAUGCAAUCCUCAUGAAACUGUCACGUAUAACUUGAAGAAACAACAACGGAGAGAAGAAGAAAAAAUACUAUUCACAGCCUCUCGAGAAGGGAAAGGAGGCUGCUGAAUUUCAGAGGGGCACAGUUCAAGUUCUCUUUUCAUGUUUUCUCUUAAAAGGGCCAGUUUUUUUUGCUUUUAUUUGCCUACUCUUUGCUUCACUUUUUAGAAAAAAAAAAAAAUGUUUAAUUAGUUUUACAGGGAAGUUUGAAGCCAGCGUUUUGGGACAGUGGAGAUUUUUUGGAUUUGCUUUCUUUUAUUUCCCCUCAUAUAUUUGGGAAGUGACUGUUGAACAGGGGUUACUGACUGGAAGUCUGGAAUCCCAAAGGAUUUGGGACAAGGUGAAAUACGGAAACCUGCUGCUCUUCAAAGAAAAAAAAAUAUGAUGGCCUUGAACUGUCUUAGUAUUUCCAAAUCAUUCAUGGUGUGGGGAGAAAAGAGAGGCAACUCCGCCCACUCCACCCUUCUCCAGCAGAGGAGGUCACUGGAAAUAUAACCAACAGAAGACAACAAACUUUUUAUUGUAUUUAUAGAUAUUUUUCCUUUAUGUUUCACCUUUAUGAUACUUCAGUUUUAGCUAGGUGUCUUAGCUGGGCCCCGUUCUUAGAAUGUAGCAGUCUGCACCUGUUUUAUUUUUCCUCUCCUGAUACCAAUAGAUUGAUUUCUUCCGCUUUUUUCAGUGUGAUUGCACAAAGUGGUUAUAAUAACAUAGGCAUGUACAACGUGAUUGUCUGUGUGUGCUACUGUCAGCCAUGCGUGUGUAGUCCAUCUCCUCAAAAAUCCUCUUCAGUCUUUAGGUUUUAACCAUUGUUCCCUAGUAGUGCCUUACAGAUUUAACGACACAGUUUACUUGGCUUGGAUCCUGAAAGCCACAAGAGACUAUAGCUAUACAUAGUGAGACAUGUUUCCCCUGGUUUGACAUCUUAAUCAGAGGGCAGUUGUGGCUUUCUUCCAGGUGUAGGCUCUGCCCUCGCUGUUUCUUGCCCAUAAUUACAGCAUACCAUAGAUGACAAAGAUUAAAAUCAGAGCAGAUAUCACGCUGAGCUUUUUUUAUUAUGUGUGCAUGAGAUAACUUGCCUGGGGUACUUAACCAAAGUUCUAGAUAAAUUCUUGUCACAUUUGCUCCAGUAAAUUAUGUAAAUAUGAAAAUGUACAGUUUUAACUGUAGCUGUAAACCUCUUUCACAGUGGCACCCGAAACAUGGCUGUAAUUAGAAAUAUGUUUGUUCCUUUUGAUCACACGAGUAAAAAAAUAUGUGUUGUGAAUAGAGAGCAAAAAUUCUAGCUCAGUUUUCAUGUUCAAGGUAUGUGUUACAGUAUAAAGCUUGAGACACAAUAGAGGUUGUCUCUUUUCAAGGUUAAGAGCUAGUCCAAGAGAAGGGCCUGACAGAAAGUGAUUGUUGCCAUGAGGGUGGUUCUGUGAGGCCAGACAUAGCCUGGCUGCAGCAAAGAGACGGAGCAUGAAGCAGUGUUUGAGAGAGAUACUGUGUAGGCAUGAGUUAAGGGACCGGUUGAAGGCGUAGGGUCAGUUUAGGGAGGAAAACUCUCUAUAUUCAAUGGGACUAAAAUGGUAGUAAGUUGGUAAUGAGCAGGUCGAUAGUAACACUGAGCCCAGGUGGUUGGUAGAGGCCUCACGGACACUACCUCACCUGAAUGCACACUUCAAAAAAUGACAUGAGUUCUUUUGUCUCUUUGUCUGUUUGUUUUUUUUUUCCUUUUGUUGCCGUUUCGUUUUACUCUAAUGAGGAUAAUUGGAGGUUAAUUUAUCAAAGUUUGUGCAGCAUCCCAGAGCUGCAGGAAGAAAUCAGGAGGGAAUUAGAACAGCAUACACCUGAAAGGGCGCCUUGUGAAUGGUUUGUUGCCACUGUCCGUUCGUCUUCGAAACCAGGUACACCACAGACAUCGCCACGCCAACCAGACGGGAUACCCGAACACUUAGAAAAACCGAUAGGGCUGUUGCUUUGUGUGUUUGCUGCUUGAUUUGACAGAUUUCAUUAUCUUGUAGCCAAUAAUACAAAUAAGCCCCUCUGUUCAUUCGACCUGUUGAACAUGGGCACAUCAGUACUGCUGGUGGUUUAGUGAAAGCCUUUUCCCUCUCCUGCAUCUUAUGCCAUAGUACUUGCAUUUGAAGUGAUUUUUUUUUUCCUUUUAACUUAACAUUAUCUUGAACUUUAUGACAUGGCUGUAGUACAUGUUGUGUUUAUUUUUAGAGAUUGUUGCAAUAAUUCUUGUGGAUGUUUUAUCAAAGUGUGAGUGUGUUUUUAUUAUAUGUCAGGCUCGUUUCUAUUUUGUAACCUGGGGGUUGUUGUAAAGUAAUAUUUAGUAUUCUGUGGAGGUGAGUACACCUGUGUAAAGUGUUGCAACACUGCUGAGGAUAGAAAGUGGUGAGUUGAUGAUAAUCCACUGGGGCCCUUAUAAAUACUGAUUUAGCUUGAGGGUGCAACGCCCAGGUUUGAAAUCCAACAGUCCCUUGAUGGGCCCCUGGAGUUGUCUUUCAUCCUGGUACUCUCCUCAAAAACUCUCCACUCCCUAUCAGCUCCAGCAUGAAAGCCUUGGCUCCAGGCACUUGAAGAUGUGAUUACAUAGUGUGUUGCUAGUUACAUCAUUUGUCUAUGUUCACUUUUUUUUUUCCUUUUAUUCUAUUUUAUCUACUUAAUUUCUUGUGGGUCAUUAAGGCCUAAGCACACACACAUAUAAGGGAUAUGAUUUUCCAUUGGAUUCUUUUUGGCUCCUCUGUUAAGAAACAAACUACUGAAACAUUCCACUGUUUGAGGGAAUAUAGCAUGACCCAUGCUACAGUACACUGCUGUCCUGUCCCUUCUCCUGUCAGUGUGGGAAUAGUGCUGUCUCACUCAGACUUUUUUGCUCGUCCCACCAAAGAAUUAUAACAGGUUGACCAUGUACAGCACAGCACAGUCUAGUACGGUGCAAACAGUCCUCCACAUCAUUGCCAGAGCAGACAGGCAAUAACCUCUGGCCUCAUCUUUAAUGGCUUAACAAGUGCUUUUAAGGAUGUGUUGUUUUACCACCAUGACAUGCACAUAUGUGAAGAACAUACAAAAUGCACAGUGAGGAGUUAACACAUCAUGCAUACAGCACAGUCAACUCUGUGUGUAUGGAAGCUAUGAAAAGAGUUGCAUUUGUUUUAAAGACUUUUUUCCAGUUUUGUUUUCAAUAUUCCUCCUUCCUAGCCCCAAUUCAGACUGGAUUUAUUUUCAAAUGUUAUUUAGCCUCUGUCCAAAUUGUUUCAAAAGCCAGUUAUUUCUCUGUUGAUGAUGUUUUAGCUUUAUUAGUGUCCUAAGUAAAAGCUUGUUUCACAAUAGUGUGCCAUGGAAUAGAUGAUCUGUCAAAUAAAUAAAUCAAAGAUGUACCAACCAUACCUUUAAAAACAUGGUCAUCUGCAAAAAAUGAAUGUAAUAUGUAACCCGACUACAUUUGAAAUGGCUUUAGAUCUUUUCCCAGUGGGUGACCAUCUAGUUCAAUUUUUUACCAUUUGUGGCCACGCAUGAUGCAAUAAUUAUACAUCUGAACUCCAGCUAAACCCAAUAUGAGAAUGAUUAUGUAAAAUUGCCACUCUACUUGUAGUUGGGGGAUAUCCAAUGUAGUUAUUGAAACAUCCUGUCGGGAUAAACCCUGUAUGUUCAACAUUGUGGAAAAUAGCUUGAUGUGUAUGAUACAUUUUGUCUUUUUCUGUUUCACAUAAGCAUUUUUCUUGUGUUUUGUGAUAAAAGAGGGGAAUCAGAAAUGUGAGCAUUAAUGUAGAUCGAGUGACCUUACAAUUACCAAAAUGUGCUUAAGUAGUGUGUAAAAAUGUCAGCGUUGCUGAGGUGAGUAUCGCCUUCCCAGCUUGGAACUUUAUUGUUAAGUACUGCCUUCCAAAUAACCAACAAUACCUCCAAAGCUUUAAGGGGACAUUUGAAUUAGAGAAAAACAAAAAAAAGGCAGCAUCUCCAUCUCUUUAUAUGAAGCCUGUUGUUCUCCUGUGAAAUGCACUCAAACUUCCAAUUUUACUGUUAUCAUGCAAACUACUCUUCCUGAAGCUUUGGAAACACUCAGAAACAUUCCUGAGCGCAUGAAACACAGUGCUACAUAAAUCACCCUCAAACAAACUCCUAUGAGGUGACUUGAAGCGUAGCAAGUGAACAGACCGCCUGCGACACUUUUCGUUGCAGAAACUGGUCAGCGAAGCCGCAGUGAUUCCCAAAGUCAAAGGAGUUACAGGCAGGUGGGAGGUGGCUAAAUUGUAUGUUGAUUAAGUGUCAGUCAAGAUAAAAUUCACAACCUAAUUUCACAAGCAUUCUUAAAGCCCUUUUGGAAAAUACUUUUUUUUUUCUUCUGUUCUAUUUAACCUUUGUUAAGGGGAUCUGCUCCUUUUGCUGGCUAUUCCUCUGGGGAAUUCAGGGUGGGGUGGUCAUGGUUUGAUGCCAUCAGUGGUAGGGGUGUGGGGGGGGGGGGUCAUCCUAUUGCAACAUAUGAAUUUAAGAACCAAAACUGAUUCAAGUAUGAUUUCCUGGUAUCUUUAGCUGUCAUUAAAUUCUCUCAAGACAGCAAUUGUUUUUACCUGCUAUGUCCUAAGCAAUACAACUCCAGAUUUGAGAACUUAAAACCAUGUGGUUUCAUAUUUCAGAUGUCAAAUGUUUGGCUAAAAGGAGCUAUUUUAUGGUGGUGAUAAAUGUAACCUGGAUGUGGUAGAACAAACAUGCGCCAAGGCCGUGUUGUCUUUUUAUCACCACAGAAAUUCCCAGAUGAAGCUAGAGAUCGUGUCCAUGAGUCACUGUCCAGUCUGGGCUAUUCAACAACAGAAAAUUUGUAGAUAAGUGGUAAAUAGGUAUGAAGAUACUUAUGAUUAAUGAAAACAUUUCUAAGGACCUAAGAGAGCAUCAAACCCUGACCCCCCUUUUGUGUCCAUUGCUGUAUGGUUUCUCAAUGUUGUAAGAUCUCAUUCUUUGUCAAUGAAGCUAAUGUGUGCUGCAGUAUUUCCUAGUAUACUUCUCUGUUUAUUGUCUUUUCUUAAUUACUUUUGCUUUUCUCGGAGUGUGAUGUCUCAUUAUUUCAAUCUGUUGAUGUAGCGUUCUAUGUAUACCCUGUUCCUUAGCCUAAUAUUAUCAAGUAUGUUAUAAGAAUGGAUAUUUUACUGGCUUUAUAGAAUGUUUAAAUAAAUAUAAUAAUGACAAUAAGAAAAAGGAUUAAUUAAACCUCCUAACAAGUUGAAUACUUGCUACUAAGCACUUGUGUUUCCAUUAUGAUGUUGUGUGCUUCUCUUAAUCAUUUUCGUUGUAGAAAAAUUGAGUGAAUUUAUAUUAGGCUUCGAAAAAAACUAAUAAUAACAUUGUAAAUUUUACAGGAGGGUUUUAACCAACAAACAGCUUCAUCAAAUAGAGUAUAGUUAUUUUAUUUGUCCUCUUUACUAACUGUAGGGUGAGAGGGGGCUUGCGUUGUGGUGAACUAUGUUAUAGCUUGUUAUUCACUGUUACUUUUGAUCAUUUUUUCGGUCUCCGAGGUGAAUCGAGUUAUUAAUGAGAAUUUGUAUGCUCACAUAUGCAUAUUGUAUAUGUGUAGAAAAUGUAAUCACACUUUGUCUUGGAUUUACAUUAAACUGUUAAGUCACUGCACCAGGCUCCUGUCUUCUGCUGCGGCGUAUAGUGUGUGCAUUUCUGCUUCAGAUUGCUCCAUAACAAUAGUACUCAGAAAGACCAGAAUAUGCUAUGUAAUGAAAGACACAUGA